AUCAAACUAAUUCUAUGUUUAGUCGAUUUAAUUUUUGUUAUAUAUUUAGUUGAUUUUGAUUGAUUUUUUAAAAAUAAUUGAUUCAUUUAAUCUUUAAGUAUGAUGAUUGCUCACCUCUAAAACUCUGAGAUUUGCUAUUCCAAGAACGAGUGGCUGCUAAAGUCUGAGACUAUGGAUUCUACAUUCCUGUUUAAUCCGUUCACUGGAAAAAUUGUCCCGUUUCCAAGUCAUUUUCAGUAUCGGUCAACUGCUUACAUGGGCUUUUCUUGCAAUCCAACUUCUUCAGAUUGUUUCGUUGUUGCCAUUGAAAAGUACCAUCCAAAGAUUCGACUAUGCUUCAAUCGUCUAGGGACCCAAGAAUGGUCGUAUGCUGAAUUCCUUGAUGAGACCGUCUUUUGUGAAAAAAGCCCAGUGUUCUAUCAGGAAGCAUUCUAUUGUUUGGGACAUGGUGUAAAUCUUGAAGUUUUACAGUUUACAUUUGGUGGGAUCACUUGGGAAGUUCUUCCCAAUCCUACAAGACCUUGCUCCUACCACCAAAACUUUCUGGUGGAAUGUGAUGGGGAGCUUUUGCCCGUGUUUGUUGGUGCAUUUGGAGAAGGGGUUUACGUUUUCAAGCUGAAUCUCUCUUCAAUGGAAUGGAUCGAGGUCAAAAGUUUGGGAAAUUUUAUGAUUUAUAUCAGUGGUUCUUCUUCUCUUGCUGCAAUGGCAACAACCCCUGGUAUGGAGAACAAAAUCUACUUCCCCAUAUUCUGAGGCCAAAGUGGUCACAGCAUUGUGUUCUAUUCUCUCGAAACAAACAAAUUUCAUUCAUGCAAAUUUCAUUCAUGCGAGAGUGGGGAUGCAGAAGUAGAUUUCUAUGGUACUAGAGAACAAUUGUGAGCCGGCUGGAUUGAACCUAAUCGGUGCUGAACCUUAAAGUUUUCAUUGCUAUAUUGUUGAAGGUUUUUUUUUUCUUUUUUUAUAAUAGGAUUUGAAUCUUGCUCUUUAAGCAUAGGGAUAAUGCACCAAUCAAUGAGCCAAAUGCUCGGGUGCUGCUAU